AUGCGAAGCCAUAUCGUCACGUUUAGAGGCGACAGAAUAGAUCGGGCAGGGGAAUGGAGAAAGAUUAGCUCGAUAGAUCGACCCGAGGAGGUCCCUGAAGAGAUGGCUGCCAAUUGGAGAGUGAGAAUGGAAUGGAUUGAUUUGGAGACUCUCGAAAGAAGGGCAGAGGAAAUUGAAAGCGAAGAGGGGAAGGGGAAGGGUCACUUGGUGAAGAAGAAAGUCGUGGGCCAGAAGGUCGUUAGGGGUGGUGGGAAGGAAAGACUGCUACUGUCAUGGGGCCCAGUUAUAUGGGUUGUCGAUGUUUAUGGUGGGGACGGAUUCGUCAUACAAGCCGCACCUGCGACCAAAGGUAAAGGUGCCGUUGAAUCUAACGAGGGCAGGGCUUGGGGCUGGGCGGAGAUUGUGCACGUCGUACAAACCGAUUGCACAGUUGCCGGCCUAACACUCUACAAUCCAUCUCAAGUCCUGUUUCUUGCUUACCUCACUGCUGAGAAACCAAAAGAGUCGGAGGAGUCGGAGGCACCAUCAGGAGAAGGAACCGAACCUGCUCCCCGUAGAAGAUUGCCGCACCGUGCGAAUGCACUGGCUCCAGAAAUCAGGAUAGUUGACCUAGUUACUGCUUCGGAGAUCAGUGCUGAUAGUUUGAUGAUGUCUCGAUACGAAACUCUAUCAGCUAAUGACUACCACCUUUCUUUUGUUCCCCCAACUUCCCAUUUGGUUAGGACACGGGGUCCUACGGCACCAGGUACACCAGUUACACCCAAGGCUGGGGAGCUACCGGAAGGCGCGGCCGGAUUUGGGGGAGGCCUUUGGUCCGCUGGCCUUAACGCGACGACUCUUUUUAGCUCAGGCGCGAGUAUUAUGUCAAGAUCCGACAGUUUCUCCACGGAGAGGGCUAGCAGCAGCAAGCGGGAUGAGGACACUCCGAGAUCAUCCCUUAAAGGAUUGUUUUUAAAGGCUAAACCCAAGUCUCCAAUGGAUGGCAGAGAGGAUGUACCCGGAUGGAAGGUUUAUAUAUCAUCACCCUACGAUUGUAUAUUCGCUACGGAGCGUGGAAAAAAGGACAGGCUAAACUGGCUCUUGGACAAAUCUCGGUUUGCAGAGUCUUGGAAUCUCGUCGAUAAAUUCCCCGAUAUAGUUCAGGGAUCUGCUAUAGAGGAUGAUACAGACGAAGAGGGUAGCGGUACGGAUGACAUGAGCAUCACUGAACAUAAUAAGAACCUUUACUCCGCUUCAGCCAAAGAGAAGAGGAGAAUUGGAGAAUUAUGGCUUGCGGAACUUGUUCGGGAUAAAAAAUGGGAGGAAGCAGCUGAAGUAUCGGAGAAGGUUCUGGACACCAGCCCUCGCUGGGAAAGCUGGAUUUGGGUCUUCUUAAAAGCUGGUAAAGUCCGAGAAAUUACUCCGCACGUUCCUAUCAAAGUACUUCGGCCACGAAUCGCAACUGCCAUAUACGAGCUCAUUCUCAAUACUUAUCUUGAGGAAGACUGGGCAAUGUUCGAGGCCCUGGUUCAAACUUGGCCGGGUGAAUUGUACGACGGCAAUGGAAUCGCAAAAGUUGUGGAGAGGAAACUAAAGGAUCGAGGAGAAUCUGGGUUGCAGAAGGGCAAGGUUGGAUGGAGAAGGCUACACAAUUGCCUUGCGAUACUAUAUACCCGUACGGCGCGGCAUACCGAAGCGUUGAUGGAGUAUAUUAUGCUUAGGAACGCUGAAGAGGCAAUUCGACUGGCUAAAGAGUACAACAUCCUUAGUGGAGCAAUCAAAGGCCAUGUCGCAGAAUGGCUUUGGUUAGGUGUUGAUGACAAAACGCGGGACUCUGCAACCGUGGAGCAGCUAGAACAGGAGACAAAAGAGAAUGUGCAGCUCCUCGUGCACGAAGGUUGGGACCAUGAGGGUGCUGGAAUAACUCUAGAAGAUGUGGUCAGGGAAUUACAGCGAACAGAUGAAACCUUGUUGUUAUUCUUCUAUCUUAAAGAUCUCUGGUUUAGAGACAAGCAAGCUGCAUUCACUGGAAUCGGCAUACGCGGGCGGCUCCAACCAUUUGGGGACCUUAUGGUUGUCUCUUUUGCGGAAUAUGACCGACAAGCACUAAUGGAAUUCCUACAAACUAGCGAAGACUACGACUUCGAAAAGGCGGUGAAGAUUUGUGAGAAACGUAAGUAUAUUGACGAGUUAGUGUAUCUGUAUUCUCUUACUGGCCAGACGAAACGUGCACUUUUCCUCAUCAUCAAUGAAAAGAACGACGUUGCAGCCGCAAUCGAUUUUGCGAAGAGCCGGGACGACCCUGACCUUUGGAAUGAUCUCCUGGAGUACGGAAUGGACAAGCCCAAAUUUAUUCUUGGCCUGCUCGAAAAUGUGGGGACAAGUUUAAACCCAAUCGAAUUGAUCAAGAGAAUUCCAAAUGGACUAGAGGUUCCAGGCUUGAAGGAGGGUCUGACGAAGAUUCUACGAGAGCACGAAAUUCAAUGGAGUCUGAGCGCUGGUGUGGCAAGGUGUCUUUCCGGGGAAGUGAAUGUUGGCAUGGAGAAAUUGAGAACUGGGCGUAGAAGAGGGGUUAAGUUUGAUGUUAAAGCGGUAGAGUCAGCGGUUGCAGCUAUCAUGGACGAAAUGAUACAAGAGAAAGGAAAAGAGGAAGAAGCAGCGCCAGCUCAAAAUUCUAGCUGCGGAAUAUGCAAGCGAGAUUUCGAACACAGGGAGCCAGAGACACUGGUUGCUUUUGCUUGUGGGCACGUAUUCCAUCUCCGUUGUCUGUUUAAAAAGCAGAAAUGGUUAAGGAAGAAUCCUGACGCGCGGUUGUCUGGCUACCUGUCCGAUGAGGAGCAAGAGGAGGCGGAGGAAGAGGAAGAGGCGGAGGACGAAAUUGAGAAAAUCAUUUUUAGGGCUGAUCAGGCAAUGGCUGAUGCGGCAUACGACCAGCCAGGGUAUGGAGGCAUGACAGUCAUGAGUGUGGCGGAGAAGGUUACAAGGGCAGCAUUAAUUCGACAAAAGAUUGAUGCCGGGUGUCCCUUGGAAGUCAAGCCGAUGCUUCUUUGA